CGUGGCUCCCCCAAGAAUUUUGGCAUCCACUGGCACUGGCGUCAUCUGCACCACCACCCAACGCCAGCUUUCGAUCCGCCAGUUUUACCUUUUCUGCAUCGCCUGCGUUUUCCCUUUACCACUCUUCAUCACUUCGUUGCUGCAUGUACAGAUUUCGACAUAGAUUCAUCUAACGUUGCCGCCGGCUGCAGCCAUGACUAUCGCCCAUGACGCUGCUGUUCGUCCGCGAUCCAUCUCGACUGCCAUCGAAUCCUAACAAUGACCCUUAACCUUGUCGGUCCCUCUCCAGCCCAGUGCUGACCUUGUACCCCGAAGUCUGAUCAACCUUCACGAGUACACGCUCGACCUCGUGUCCAGCCAAUAUGUGGAGAAAAACAGCGUUGGAGUUCUGGGGCUUUUGCAAACGCAACAUAGUACCGGACCUCCUAGUAAAGCGAAGAUUCAACUUCAUCACCAUUCACUAUCUGUACCUUAUGGGCAUGGCACUUCUGCUGUCUGUCAUCAUGUAUGUUCAAGGUGGUAUGGCUUAUAUCGACGCUCUCUUCUUCGCCUCGGGGGCUUGCACUCAGAGCGGAUUGAACACGGUUGAUGUGGACUUGAUCACGACCGGUCAGCAGGCCAUGCUGUUCCUUGGGGGGAUGCUUUGCAACCCUAUCUUCAUCAACUCCGUUGUCGUCUUCGUUCGGCUGUACUGGUUCGAGAAGAGGUUUAAAGAUGUCGUCCAGGCUUCCAUGACCCUGAGGCGCACGAAGUCUCGGUCGCGGAACAAUACCAUGGCCAGAGAUGAUCCAGAAGUAGGCGCUGAAGCCAGGGGGGUCAACGGUCAAGCCAUCAAGAUAUUGCGGCAUACUGGCCACAGUGAUGGUCAACACUCUACCGAAAAGGUGGAGAUUGAACCCCAACCCAAUGAGAAAGCCAUGGAUGAUUCGUCCAACACAUCUCAGAGAGAAAGUGACGAUAUGAAAGAUCCGGACGUUGAUAACCCUCUGCACCUGAAGUCGACUCGGUCCACAGAAGACAUGCGCGUCCCAUCGCAACUGAGUCCCGAACAACACAUCCGUUUUCUAGAGAGACAACGCAACCCUGCUGACACGAGUGCUUUGAGGAUUCCCAGCCCACGAGAAUUCGAUUUGGGAGGUCGACCUGAGAAUAUCCGUGACAGCAUCGACGAGAGGUUAGAACGCAGUGCCACCACUGAUCCCAACCUAGAAAGUUCGAAUCAGAAGGCUAGCAUGGAUCUCAACUCUGGGCCCGACGGUGCCGCUGCAGGGCAUAUUGCUUUCGAUGAGCCGCGUCAUAUUCGUGAGCGUGGUGACAGAGCCACGACGUUUCCACGUCUGGGUACGCGACAAUCUACUGUGCCGAGAGAUGCAUACGAUUCCUCGGGUCAAGGAGGAAAUCCUCGAAUGAGGAGGUCAAGCACGUUCCGUACCCUCCAGCGCAGCAACACAGGCCGUACCUUGGAGCAAGCACCGUACCUGAGUUGGGAACCGACGAUUGGUCGAAAUUCUGUCUUUAUUGGUCUGACGGAGGAACAACGCGAGGAGCUAGGCGGCAUUGAGUACCGUGCCUUGAAGACCCUGGCCUUGAUACUCGUCGCGUACUUCUUCGCUUUCCACCUACUGGGUAUGAUAUGCCUGAUACCCUGGAUCUUGCAUACAAGUUACGGUCAAGUGGUCACUGCACAGGGACAAGGUCGGGUAUGGUGGGGAAUCUUCACUGCGGCUUCAGCGUUCAAUGACCUUGGAUUUACCCUCACCAACAAUUCCAUGAUCUCCUUUGGAUCGGCCGUCUUUCCUUUGCUUUUGAUGACCUUUCUCAUCAUCAUUGGCAAUACUGGAUUUCCCUGUAUGCUUCGAUUCGUCAUCUGGGCUAUUGCUAAACUGACACCAUACGGCGGAGCCGUCUGGGAAGAACUUCAGUUUCUUUUGGACCAUCCUCGCCGAUGUUUUACCUUGCUGUUUCCACGAGAGGCGACUUGGUGGUUGUUCUUCAUCCUGGUCAUACUCAACGGCCUCGAUCUCGUUUUCUUCAUCAUUCUAGAUCUCAACGACUCCACCAUCAUGCAAAUACCCGGCGGCCUCCGUUUCCUUGAUGGAUUAUUCCAAGCCGCGUCCACGAGAACAGCCGGCUUUAGCGUGGUCAACCUUGCAGAUCUUCACCCAGCAAUCCAAGUGAGUUACCUCAUCAUGAUGUACAUUUCAGUCUUUCCUAUCGCCAUUUCGAUGCGUCGGACGAACGUAUAUGAAGAGAAGAGUCUGGGAAUUUACAAUAGUCCAGGCGAGGAAGACGAGGACGAAAAGGAGCCCAGCUAUGUUGGAGCGCAUCUUCGGAAACAACUCUCCUUUGAUUUGUGGUACAUAUUCUUGGGAUUGUUUAUCAUUGCUAUCGUCGAAGGUGGGCAGCUGCAAAACACGAAUCAGUACGCCUUUACGUUGUUCUCGGUUCUCUUCGAGAUAGUAUCAGCUUACGGCACUGUGGGCUUAUCACUUGGCUAUCCGACCAUCAACGCCUCGUUCUCGGCGGAAUUUCAUACUCUGUCGAAGUUGAUCAUCAUUUCCAUGCAAAUUCGUGGGCGACAUCGUGGUCUACCCUACGAGUUGGACCGGGCUAUCCUGUUGCCUUCGGAAAGUCUGCAAGCCAAGGAGGCGAAAGAAGCCGAACGGGUGCUGCGCCGAAGAAGAUCGUCUCUGGGUGGCAUGUCCACGACGUCGGCGGUCAAUGGGAACAUGGAAGGAAGCCAGUUUCGUCCGGAAACUGGACUUGGUUCCGGCUUUCAGGCAGGAUCAGACGGGUCCAGUCCACGACCACGGGGCAACACGAAUAUCUCUAACACUAGCUCUGAACACAAAGACGCUCAUGUGCCUAGUGCGCGACACGGUUUGGGAAAUGUCAUGUUCAGUUUGGCCAACAACGUUAGCUCGAUCAAAGAGUGAAAUGCGGGGAUUGGCAAAGGAGAAGAGACAUAUCCGGUCUUGUACAUGCAGGGGAUCUUGGUCUUGUUUAUAUGCAGCGUGUCUUGUGCAUCAGUAAAGUCAUCGAGCGACGGCGCACGGUUGUUAUAUUCGGAUUGGGAAUCACAGGUAUUAUAUCACAAAAGUGACAUCCUGUCACGCCGGCAUGAACAUGAAUAUAGGCGAUCAGAAUUGUAUUUGUAUACCAAGUGUGCUUCUAUUGGGGGUGCAAGAAUGACUCG